UCCCACUACGCUAAGCCCGUCGGCGUAGUCGGCAGCGCCGCACGGGAGUGGAUUUCUGCUUUGUCAUUCUGACUCUGGCGACCGGCCCGCCUGUUCCGAGCAGGGCGUGGCCUGCGGGGGCCGCGGGGAUCCCGCCGCCCGUUCCCCUCGCUCCGCCGCAGUCCGCGGCGCCUGGGAGCCGCCGGCGCGCACAACCUGCUGCCCGGAGCUCGGGUCCACGCCAGCGGUGGGUUCGCGGACAGCCGGCGGAGCUCCGAGCCUCUGGGCUGUGAGGCCGCGGACGGGGGCCGCCGCCGGCCGCGUGCGCUUCGGGUCGCGGAAAGCGGAGCUGUUUUGAGACGACGCCAGCGGCCUGGAGAGAGCGCUCUCGGAGCUGACCUCGGAAGCCGAAGUGCCCGUGGUGUUCGUGAAGCGGCGGAAGAUAGGCGGUCAUGGUCCAACCCUGAAGGCUUAUCAGGAGGGCAGACUUCAAAAGCUACUGAAAAUGAAUGGCUCCGAGGAUCUCCCUGAGGCCUAUGACUACGACCUCAUCAUCAUCGGAGGGGGCUCAGGAGGACUGGCAGCUGCUAAGGAGGCAGCCAAAUAUGACAAGAAGGUAAUGGUCCUGGAUUUUGUCACUCCAACCCCUCAUGGAACUAGAUGGGGUCUCGGAGGAACGUGUGUGAAUGUGGGGUGCAUACCUAAAAAACUGAUGCACCAAGCGGCUUUGUUAGGACAGGCCCUGCAAGACUCUCGCACUUAUGGUUGGAACACCGAAGAGACAGUUAAACAUGACUGGAAUAAAAUGACAGAAGCCGUACAGAACCACAUUGGCUCUCUGAACUGGGGCUACCGGGUAGCUCUGAGGGAGAAGAAAGUCACCUAUGAGAAUGCCUAUGGGCAGUUUGUGGGUCCGCACAGGAUUAAGGCAACAAAUAACAAAGGCAAAGAAAAAAUUUAUUCAGCAGAGCGAUUUCUCAUUGCUACCGGCGAGAGGCCACGUUAUUUGGGCAUCCCUGGUGACAGAGAGUACUGUAUCAGCAGUGAUGAUCUUUUCUCCUUACCUUAUUGCCCGGGUAAGACGCUGGUGGUUGGAGCAUCCUAUGUUGCCCUCGAAUGCGCUGGAUUUCUUGCUGGCAUUGGCUUAGAUGUUACUGUUAUGGUCCGAUCCAUUCUUCUUAGAGGAUUUGACCAGGACAUGGCCAACAAAAUUGGUGAACAUAUGGAAGAACAUGGUGUCAAGUUUAUCAAACAAUUUGUACCAAUAAAAGUUGAACAGAUUGAAGCAGGGACACCAGGCCGACUCAGGGUGACAGCUAAGUCCACCAGUAGUGAUGAAACCAUUGAAGGAGAGUAUAAUACGGUAUUGCUGGCGAUAGGAAGAGAUGCUUGCACGAGAAAAAUUGGCUUAGAAACCGUGGGGGUAAAGAUAAAUGAAAAGACUGGAAAAAUACCUGUCACAGAUGAAGAGCAGACCAAUGUGCCUUACAUCUAUGCCAUUGGGGAUAUACUGGAGGGGAAGCUGGAGCUCACGCCGGUAGCAAUCCAGGCAGGAAGAUUGCUGGCUCAGAGGCUUUAUGCUGGCUCCAGUGUGAAGUGUGACUAUGAAAAUGUUCCAACAACUGUGUUUACUCCAUUGGAAUAUGGUUCCUGUGGUCUUUCUGAGGAGAAAGCUAUGGAGAGAUUUGGGGAAGAAAAUAUUGAGGUUUACCAUAGUUACUUCUGGCCGUUGGAGUGGACAAUUCCAUCAAGAGAUAACAACAAAUGUUAUGCAAAAGUAAUCUGUAAUAUCAAAGACAAUGAACGUGUUGUGGGCUUCCACAUACUGGGUCCGAAUGCUGGAGAAGUGACACAAGGCUUUGCAGCUGCCCUGAAGUGUGGGCUGACGAAAAAGCAGCUGGACAGUACCAUCGGCAUCCAUCCCGUGUGCGCAGAGGUGUUCACAACUCUGUCGGUGACCAAGCGCUCUGGGGGAAACAUCCUACAGGCUGGCUGCUGAGGUUAAGCCCCAGUGAGGAUGCUGCCGCUGACACUCCAGACCACCACCGUGUUUCCUUGCCCAAAUCCAAGGGGAGGUUUUAGGAAGGGUCUUGGACUUUGGCACCUGCAUGUCCUGUGCUCACAGCUCCCAAGGCCCCCUUGGAUCUCCUGGGUAACAGGUGGUGUGUGGAAGACGGGCAGCGUCCCACUGGGGUCACCGUGACGGACUGGAACUGACACUCGGCAGGGCAUCGGUGCGGUGCGUCCAUGAAGUUGCUGGCCUCAAGCCUGUGUGGUGGGCAGUGACGGAACAGCUGUCGAGCAGUUUCAGCAUGACCUUCCCUUCGUGGGUUUGCUGAUUCUCACUGUUAAGCUUUCUACUGUUGAUUCUUUUUUUCUUUUUUCCUCCAAGGUGUGAAUGAUACUAGAAAUGAGAAGUGUUAGUAGUCGAUUUUUGUCCAAAAGCCAGUCUUGGCUGGAGUAUGCAAGUAAGAUGCCUUGUGCACGGGAGGCGCGAUUUGGUCCUUUGGAAGCUGCGUAGGCUUGUCCCACACGAGAGAACUGCCCCAGGAUUCCCGGGUCCCGUUCCCUGUGACCGACUGUUUAGCAGGGUCUCCCCUGAUGAGUUCUGUGUCAGAACAAGUACAGUUAGGGUUGAAUCUGGCCACGUUUGCUCCGUGCCCUGUGUCACCGACUAUUUUCAGUUCUGACUGUGUUUAGGAAAGGAGGUAGCCACUUGGCCGGCCUGUUGGAAGUAAUCUCCAGCAUGUGAGCUGCCACUGGAGGGGGAUUCCCACCAGGAUUCAGCAGGGAGGCAGAGUUGCACCUUAAAUGGGGAAAAACAAUAAAUGUUUUCCUUUAUAUAGUUUGUGUUGGUCUAAGUGAGCUCUUUUGCAGUAAGAAACAUUUAACUUGUGUAAUACUUUUUUGGGGUAACUUUAGCUUUAAGCUAAAAACACAGACUAUCACGGCCUUAUUUUUCACGUGUGCUUUGUAUCUGUCCCUUCCUGUGAGCUGCAUUCAUAGGAAAAUAGGUCUUCCCACACUUAAUGAUUUAACUCUUUUGUGGUAAUUGCUUUUUUAAGGAAGCUCUUAAUGUCAUAAGUUAUUAUUUUUGACCACAGGUGGAUGUGAAGGAUUUUUCAUUUAAAAACCAAACGGUUUUGAGUUUUUUCUGUUCAGUGAAUGACUGGUCCUGGCGGAAUCGUGGCGGAAGUGUUUAUGCUCCAUUAGCUUUGCAGCUUGUAGGUGACGGAGAGGGAUUAGCUCCGCAGCUCUAGAUUUGUGCAUGAAUGUGCGGACUCUUCCAGGACUACGUGUGGGCCACCUUGUCCCUCUCGAAGUUGGAUUUGAAACUUGUGCUGUGGCCAUCAGGUCUCCCGCCAGCAGGUCACCCCUCCCCUCAGCCCGGAUUCUCGGUGGCAACGCCAAGUGGCUGAUCCACAGUACAUUUCUUGGACACCUCAGGGAACAUCUGCGUCUGCCUGGCACUUAGUCAGCAGAGUGCCUCACCCUGCCCCUGCGGCUCUGCCUCAGGCCCUCACCCAUGCAGUUCUUUGUAGACCAGAAGGAGAAUGGGGGGAAACUGAGGCAGUUGACUGUUCAGUUUUAUUUAUUUUUUUUUUUAAUUUUUUUUUUUUUCCCUCCAAGCCUGCCAGUCUCAGAAGUUAGAACAAUAGGCAGUAUGAUAUGUUCGUGCCUAAUCAUGUUGUGAUUCUCUCUUAGUGGAAUGGAAUGUUUGGCCCCCAUAAGAAGGAUUAUACUUUAUCGGCUUGUCUUAUUUACAUUCUAUAAUUGCCCACUGUACUGAGAUUCAUGAUUCAUAUUAAAUUCUAUGUAUUUUGUUAUAUAUCUUCUGGAAAAAAAACAAUGUGAAACAUUAAAAGGUAUUAAUAUCC